UCACACACACCCACCCUCCCUUUUCCAUCCACAUACUCACUACUGAACACGACCUGCCGCUUGCCACAUCUGGAGACGCUUCCCAGCGCAAGAAACAUCAACUUUUUAUUACGCAGCGCACACAAACGCUCAGGCGACCUAUCAGUGCGUCAGGGCGAACGCUGUCUUUCUCUUGAUAGUAAGUAGAGAUCCUUGAGUAAAAGUCGGCGUUUUCUCUCUCCUCCUCCUCCUUAUGGCUUUUUUGGGUAUAUUUUUCCAUCACCAUUGGUAAACAGAGCCCGUUUUGCGCUUUGAUACAUCUAGACAUGUUGGCGCGUCACGCGUAAUUAAAAUUUUUGGACGAAUUCUGUAAAUAGCACGUGAUUUUGUUUAUUGUAAGCAACGGAAAGCAAAGUUAGGACGUAAAUUUAAUCGAAUGGGUCACAGAUAAGUGCUUUUUUGAGUAGGUAUGUCAUAAAAUUGUUAAUGUUUGCAUUUAAAUGCAAAAAGUGAAGUCUGUCUGAGAUCCUGGCGUCCGCAGCGCGUUGAUGGUGACAUGAGUCAGAGAGGAAUGAAGUUGUGAAAUUCAGCAACCACCGGUGAUGGACUCAGCCUUAUAGCCGCUCUUGUUUUAUUUAUUUAGUUUUAUUUUUAGGGAAUCCAGGUCUGAUUUUUUUAAAGAGAGACUGUAAGAACCCCAAAAGUGCACACAGCUCCAUACUGAAGUGUUUAAGUUAGUCUGCGGGGAAAUAAAAAAAAAGACCUAAAAAUACAGCGUUGGUUUCUUCCCUACAAAGAAUCAUUUGAACUUCCCACCGCAGAGGGAGCGAGCGACAUAAAUAGUUCUGACAUGUGGAUGUAAUUUCAGAGGAGAGAAAAAGAGACAGAUGCAGAGAAAUCAAGCGAGCGGGCUGAACCGGACUACAUUAUAGGAAAUGAAAUAGGAGAUUUACUCAGUUAUGAUUUCACAAGCAGUCAGAAGCAGCCAGAGGCCAGAUGGAGUAAAACGACGCUCCACUUUGAAGAGAGUUAAGUAGAUUAAAUCGCUGCUUUUGAGCUUCAUCUUUUCCAUCGGUGAGGAGGAGGAGGAAUCUUGGAGGUGCCUCGGGUCCGGGAUGGCAUCCUCUCUGAUGCUCCAUCAUCUGGACUUUCUCCUCAUCGCGCUCUUCGGCAGUCUAUGCCUGGUUUGUGCAGAUGAUGUUCUGACAAAAGAGGAGCAAAUAGGCCUGCUGUUCAUGGCGAAACAAAAAUGCGAGCGGAACAUAAAGCUAAAGGCCAGAAUUCCAGGUGGUUUCUGCCCACCAGAAUGGGAUGGCAUUGUUUGCUGGCCUGAAGGAGCUCCUGGAAAGCGUGUAUCCACGUCUUGUCCUGAGUACAUCUAUGACUUCAACCAUAAAGGACUGGCAUACCGGCGAUGUGACAACAAUGGAACGUGGGAGCUGGCCUCAAUCAACAAGACAUGGGCCAAUUAUAACGAGUGUACAAAAUUCCUUUACCAUUACAACUAUAGCCAUGAAAAGGAGGUCUUUCACCGUUUGUAUCUCAUCUACACAGUCGGGUACUCCAUCUCUUUGGGAUCCCUCAUGGUGGCUGUCGUUAUCUUGGGUUAUUUUCGACGGCUGCACUGCACCAGAAACUACAUCCACAUGCACUUAUUUGUGUCCUACAUGCUACGCGCUAUCAGCAUUUUUGUGAAAGAUGUGGUUCUCUACUCUGGAUCAGCAUUAGAGAACAUGGAAGGAGUCACAGUGGAGGACUUGAAGUCCAUUACUGAAGCUCCAUCAGCAAACAAAGCACAAUUUAUUAGCUGCAAAGUGGUUGUGACCUUGUUCAUGUACUUCCUGGCGACCAAUUACUACUGGAUCCUCGUGGAGGGCCUUUACCUCCACAGCCUCAUCUUCAUGACCUUUUUUUCGGACAAAAAGUAUCUCUGGGGAUUUACUCUGAUUGGAUGGGGCGUCCCAGCUGUGUUUGUGACCAUCUGGGCCACUGUUCGAGCCACGCUUGCCGAUACAGAGUGUUGGAACCUGAGUGCAGGAAAUCUGAAAUGGAUAUACCAAGUGCCUAUCUUGGUAGCCGUGGUGAUAAAUUUUUUAUUAUUUCUGAACAUCAUCAGAGUUUUGGCAACUAAACUACGAGAAACAAAUGCUGGACGAUGCGACACCAUGCAACAGUACAGAAAACUACUAAAGUCCACGUUGGUCCUGAUGCCACUCUUUGGGGUCCAUUACAUCAUAUUUAUUGCCAUGCCAUACACAGAGGUGUCUGGCAUCCUGUGGCUGAUACAGAUGCACUACGAGAUGCUUUUCAACUCCUUCCAGGGUUUCUUGGUUGCCAUUAUCUACUGUUUUUGUAACGGAGAGGUGAAAGCUGAGAUCAAAAAGUCCUGGAGCAGAAGGACGCUGGCCCUGGACUUCAAACGGAAAGCCCGAAGCGGCAGUAACACAUACAGCUAUGGACCUAUGGUUUCACACACGAGUGUUACUAACGUCACAGCCAGAGGACCGCUGGCCCUGCACCUCACCACGAGGCUGGGACCGGUGCCUGUGAACGGCCACAGGAACCUCCCUGGUUAUGUAAAGAACGGCUCCGUCUCAGAGAACUCCAUACCUUCCUCAGGACAGGAACUCCACAUUCCCGAGGAAGAGCAAACUAAUCACACAAGGCCCAGUGAGGAAGAAAAACCUCCGUCUGUAGUGGAGGAGGAGCGCGAGACGGUCAUGUGACCUCAAGGAAUUGGUGUACAGUAACAAAAGGUGGGACACUCAGGACAAUGUGAAGGAGAUGACUGCAUGCAUCAACACUGCCAGUUCUUUAUCUCUCCUGUGAAUCGAGCCAGAACAUUGACAACUGAUGAGGCUCAAAAGGGUGCAUCACUCUGCAAGCUUACCUGAAGGAUGAUGAGAUCGAAUCGCUGUGGCAGAUACGCUUUCAUCAACCACCUGUAAGGGAGAAUGUCUAAAAAGCUAAAGCAAACGUUCUUACUUUGUCUCCACAGCCAAGAGUCUCCGUGUCAAGUAUUUGUUUUCCUUUGUAUAUAAACAGGAAGUUGGCGGGGGAAUGGAGUUGCCAAAAUCAGCAUUAGUCAUGAUGAAGUCGGGCAAACUUGAAACAAACACAGGAUAUUUCAUCUACAAGAUUUAGAUCAUAAAUGCUUCCAUCUCCAAAUGUCGCGUUUCACCUGCGUUGAAUCAUGUCAAUGUUAAAGGUAAGUUACUCAGGUCAUUGAAGUCCUCUGUUGUUGCACCACCCAAGGACGCUGGUGGGUUAUAUGAGGUAACAAUAUAGCAUGCUAUUUGUACAAUUUCUGCUGUUUUCAACAGAUUCCUCCUAUUUAAGAUGGCUUUUGAAGGGUUGAAAUGAAUGUAUUAUUGUAAAAAUUACAUAAGUAUGACACACAUACAGGAGCGCAAAGUAAGCAUGACAAACGGAAAUUUUUUAUUAAGGCUUUUCAGUGUUGCUUAAAACAAAACUGGACAUUAAGAAAAUUAGAACAAGGUUGUUUUUUUUUUUUUUUAGUUUCAAUAUGAUUCAGGGUGAAAAUGUGGAGCACACAGAUUUAUAGUCCAGUAAAAUUCAAAUCAAUGGGAGAUCUCAUUUCCCUAGAAGGAUAUUUGUGGUGGACAUGAAGGAAAAACAGAUUUUUUUCAGGUUUUUCUUUUAAGGUACAAUCGUGCUGCUUUUGUUUGUUUCAUUUUAUUUUAUUAUUUUUUGUAUUCAAGUCACAAUGUUUACAGAAAUACGUUUUAUUGUGAGCUAACUGUAAAUGUGUAUGAAUAUAUUAUAAAGAUGUUGUAUUUUUGCUUUGCUAUGCCCGUUGGACAUAUUCUAUUAUGUAUAUAAUCCAAGCAAAACUUGUGAAUAAAUUUACAGAUGAAUGAGAA